AUGAUGGAACAAUGUCCUUAUUCUAAUCGAGUAUUCACUUAUACCAAUCCAAUUCGUGACGAUGCGUACAAGUGGUUGGAUGCAAAUCCAAUCAAUGCUAUAAAUGCUAUUCAUAGCGUAAGCGGAGAUGGCAACCGCGGAUUUCGUGCAGUAAGUUUUGAUGCAUACAAGACCCAAGACAACUGGAUCCUGAUGAAAGAAGAUAUGCUAGCAACAUAUAUGCAUGAAGAGAAUUAUAAUACCUUGUAUAAAGCAGUUGGUGAUAGUAGCACCAUAGAUUUUGAACGUCAAGCUAUGAUUGCUAGACUUUCUUCCCGCAUUUCAUCUUGCAACAAUAACCGUUCGUUGUGA